AAUACUGACUUCAAGACAGCAAAGGGAACUGUAUCUUCACAGGACAUCCCUUCAGACCCUGAACCAGCCUUCAUAACCACAUGCACAAUGGCAGAUGCAAGCUUUCAGCGGGAGUUCCUGGAAACCCACAAUGCCUACAGGCUGAAGCACAAGACGCCAAAGAUGACCCUUAGCAGAGAGCUGUCUGCUUCAGCUCAGAAAUGGGCCGAUCACCUGCUGGCAAUCAACGCCCUGCAACACAGUAAAACUAAGGACGGAGAGAACAUCUACAAUAUGUGGAGCUCAGCAACACUUAAACUGACAGGGAAAGAAGCUGUAGAUUCGUGGUACAGUGAGAUCAAGGAUUACAACUGGAGCUGCCCUGGAUUCAGCAGCAAUACUGGUCAUUUUACUCAGGUGGUGUGGAAAGACAGUAAAGAACUGGGCGUGGGCAUGGCCACUGAUGGCCACAAGGUCUUUGUGGUUGGGCAGUACCGGCCAGCUGGCAACAUGAACAUGGCGGGAUACUUUGAGAAAAACGUCCUACCAAAAGCGUAAAAGACAGCUGGCAGAGAGGUGGGUGGAGCAGACAACACUUCCAGUGAGGAAGGUGCAGUGAGCCCAAGGAAAACUUC